AGGUUAAAUAUAUAUAACUGUGUGUGUGUCCAGGUUAAAUAUAUAUAACUGUGUGUCCCCAGGUUCCGUGGUGUCCAGACGGGGACAGACAGCCGGGUGGCAGAGCUCCUGAACCAGGUGAAGCUGAAGAGCUUUGAGACAGAGCGCUCUCAGAUGGUACAAGAGGAGACCGCCAGGAACCUGGGACAGUGUCAGAUGGAGACAGAGAAACACCAGAAGAAGCUGGAGGUCAUGACCAAGGAGUUGUACAGGCUUCAGGCGUCCUCGGAGAAGCAGAUAACGGAACUCCAGGCCCAGAAUGCUGAGCAGCAGGCCAGACUACAGACCUACGAGAAACUGGAGCAGGAGCUGGACGACGUCACCAUGCAGGCUGCUGAAACUGAUAAUGAGGAGGAAGCAGAGAGAGUUCUGUUCUCCUACGGUUACGGUGCCAACGUUCCCACAACCGCCAAGAGACGACUCAGGCAGAGUGUCCAUCUGGCCCGUAGACUGUUGCAGCUGGAGAAACAGAACACACUGCUGAGGAGAGAUCUGGAGAGACGCAACACACACACAGGACAGAUCUCUGAGGAGCUGGAAGCAGCUAACCGUCUCCUACAGCAGGCCCAGCAGCCCUACAGUUACCUGAUCGACACGGUGAGACAGAGAGACACACAGAUACUGUCCCUCAGAGAACGUAUCACACAGCUGGAGGAGGACACCAGAUCUCUGAGGAAAGAGAAGACGUCUCUCCAACAGGUGAAGAACAAUAUGGCCUCCGACCUGGAGCGACUGCUCAACCACCGAGAGACUGCAUGUCUGCAGGAGGGAGAGACUUAA